AUGAAAAGGCAAAAUCAAAGCUCUGUGGUUGAAUUCAUCCUCUUGGGCUUUUCUAACUUUCCUGAACUCCAAGAGCAGCUCUUUGGGGUUUUCUUGGUUGUUUACCUUGGGACUCUGAUGGGAAAUGCCAUCAUUAUAGUCAUCAUCUCCCUGGAACAGAGCCUCCACGUUCCCAUGUACCUGUUCCUGCAGAACCUGUCUGUGGUGGAUGUGAGUUUCAGUGCAGUCAUUAUGCCUGAAACGCUGGUGGUCCUCUCCACUGAAAAAACAUUAAUUACUUUUGCAGAAUGUUUUGCACAGAUGUAUUUUAUUCUUCUUUUUGGUGGGACUGAAUGUUUUCUCCUGGGGGCGAUGGCUUAUGACCGAUUUGCUGCAAUCUGCCAUCCCCUGAGCUACCCAAUGAUUAUGAACAAAAGGGUUUUCAUGAAAUUAGUAAUGUUCUCAUGGGUCUCAGGGAUCAUGGUGGCUACCGUGCAGACCACAUGGGUUUUCAGUUUUCCUUUCUGUGGCCCCAAUGAAAUCAAUCACAUCUCUUGUGAAACCCCAGCAGUGCUAGAACUUGCAUGCGCAGACACCUUUCUGUUUGAAAUCUAUGCGCUCACUGGCACCAUUUUGAUUGUCAUGGUCCCCUUUGUGUUGAUCCUCUUGUCUUAUAUUCGGAUUCUCUUUGCCAUCCUGAAGAUGCCAUCGGCCACUGGGAGGCAAAAGGCCUUUUCCACCUGUGCCUCCCAUCUCACGUCUGUGACCCUCUUCUAUGGCACAGCCAAUAUGACUUAUAUCCAACCCAAAUCUGGCUACUCCCCAGAAACAAAGAAGGUGAUGUCAUUGGCCUACUCACUUCUUACACCUCUGUUGAAUCCACUGAUCUACAGCUUGAGAAACAGCGAGAUGAAAAGAGCUUUGAUGAAAUUGUGGCGAAGAAAGGUGGAUUCACACAUAUUCUGA